CAACCCCUCAUGCGGGGGGUGUCUCCAUCCAUGUCAACAAACACCACUGCAUAACAUAUAAACAUCACCAACCGCCCUCCACUCCAAGAACCAUUGGAUUCCAAGCCAGCAUCUAACCACCCCAAUUCGAACCAGAUAAACAUACCAGACCAAUAAACCCGCCAAAAUGCCCCUCAUCGCCCAAAACCCCCAGCCCCGUGUGAUCCUAGGUCUCAUGACCUUUGGCACCGACCCCGAGACGGGCGCCCGCGUCACCACCAUCCCCGAGUUCAGCAAGGUCCUCGACCUCUUCCAGUCGCGGGGCUACAACGAAGUCGACACAGCGCGCAUGUACAUUGGUGGAAAGCAGGAAGCCUUUACUCGCGAGGCGGGCUGGAAGGACCGCGGCCUGACGCUGGCUACGAAAGUCAUCUACCCCACCAAUGGAGGAGACAACACGCGGGACAAGGUCCUGGAAAGCGCCGACAUUAGUCUGAAGGAGCUAGGGACCGAUUGUGUGGAUAUUCUGUAUUUGCACGCUGCUGACCGCAAAACCCCCUUUGCCGAAACCCUCUCGGCCAUCAACGACCUGCACAAAGCCGGCAAGUUCGUCCGCUUCGGCAUCUCCAACUUCACCUCGUUCGAAGUCGCCGAGAUCGUCAUGACGUGCAAGUACAACAACUGGGUCCUGCCCACCAUCUACCAAGGCAUGUACAACGCCAUCACGCGGUCUCUCGAGACCGAGCUCGUCCUGGCGUGCCGCCGCUACGGCCUCGACAUUGUCGUCUACAACCCCCUCGCCGGCGGUCUCUUCUCGGGCAAAAUCAAGUCGCACGACAUGGUGCCCGAGUCGGGCCGGUUUUCCGACGUCAACAAGAUGGGCGUCAUGUAUCGCGGCAGGUACUUUAAGGAAUCCACGUUCCGCGCGUUGCAGGUGGUCGAGCAGGCGGUGGAGAAGGCGGGGCUCACCAUGAUUGAGACGGCGUUGCGGUGGAUGGUGCAUCAUAGUGCGCUGAAGAUCAAGGAUGGGAAUGACGGGGUGAUUAUUGGUGUUAGCAGUAUUGAUCAGCUGGAUAGCAACUUGACGGACCUCGAAAAGGGACCGCUGCCCGAAGAGGUGGUGAAGGCCCUGGAUGAGGCGUGGAAGAUUGCAAAGGUUGAUACGGUCAAUUAUUGGCAUGGAACGGUCGAGUACGGGUAUGAUGUGAGGGAGGCCCUGUUUGGGAAGAACGCGAAAUAGGUGGAAGCUGUAUGUGGUGCGGUAACGAUGUUAUGAAUUGGCUGAGCCAAUGUUUUUGGUCAUGUUGUAGCCAUUUGUCGUGACUUUGAUGUGAAUACUUGUGACCACCUGAACAUACCGAGGAACAACUCAAAUGAGACUUGACUUUACUGCGUCGGUAUGGCCAUCGUCAAGAUAGGUCCCAAUCGAUAUUAGUCCCACUAACCUGCCCCGCCCCGCCCCGCCCCGACUUCCGGCUGCCCGUACCGUGUCCGUGCACUCCGGAUGCCGUACCCCAUACCGUGCGCGGCGCGCCGCCGAGCUUCCAGAAUUCGGCCAGUUGUCUCAAAAAGUCCCGCAAUUCAGGGAGGGCGGGAGGGGCGCAGCGGUUCCAGAAUUUCACUUCUUCUUCGGGCUGGACCAGCAUCCCCGGGCCGUCCGGAACAGUUGGGUCUCGUAUUCCCAGGUUUUUCCAGAAAGGCCGUGAUCCCGGUGUUUUUUGAGCUACUUAUUUCCCCACAUCAUGUCCCCGUGUGUAAUUUCCGGAAGGUGUUCUGGAAUCUGGAAGCUGGAAUCUGAAUCUAGUGUAGUGUAGUGUAGAGUUCUGGAGUUCCGUCUGGAUCUG